AUGGCAGAGGAGGAGCAUCAGUUUCGAGUCUUGGAAUUCUACUCUGGCAUCGGAGGCAUGCACUAUGCCUUUGACAGGUCAGGCCACAAGGGCGAGGUCCUCAAGGCCUUCGAUAUCAACACCACCGCUAAUGAAGUCUAUGCGCACAACCACGGCAAGAAGCAAUUGGCCCAGAGGAACAUUGAGGCGGUGCCGAUGGAGUUUUAUGACAAGCAGCAGGCAGAUGUCUGGCUCAUGUCACCUCCCUGCCAACCCUACACGAGGACAGGAAACCAGGAGGGGAGUAAAGAUACCCGGGCGAAAUCAUUCCUCUACCUCAUGGACAUCCUCCCCAAGAUGGACCACCCUCCUAAUUACAUCCUCCUCGAAAACGUCAAGGGCUUUGAAGAAUCCGACUCGCGCGAUAUGUUGGUCGAGGCUUUGGCGACUGCGGGGUAUGAGUUCCAGGAGCUGUUGAUCACGCCGUUGCAGAUUGGAAUCCCGAAUUCGAGGAUGAGGUAUUAUUGUCUUGCCAGGAAAGUUGCGGCUGUUGGGGGGUUUGUGCAGCCGGUUACUGGGACCUUGAUCGGAUAUAUCCCUUCCAUUGAUGGUAACAAUGAGGAUGAGAUGAAGGGUGGUGCGCAGGAUAAGGAUUUUGUGGAUGGGCGGAGGCAGGGCGAUUUGUCGGGCCUGUCAACACCUGUGGCCGCCAAGAAGCAACGUACCGGACUCUCCACCUCGACUGUCACAAAGGAAGGUGAUUCGACCAAACCGGAUGAAGACGCCCUGCUUGCAGAUCCUAUGCUGGCACUCAAGGUCGACACAUUGGAGCAAUACAUCGAGUUCACGGAUGUGUCGGACGCACGGAUGGAGCGGUACAUGAUCCCGGAUAAGACCUUGCUCAAGUACGGACGGCUUUUUGAUAUCGUCAAAUCGUUUACCCGUCGAUCUUGCUGCUUCACCAAAGGAUACUACCACUUUGUGGAAUCGACUGGAUCGAUCUUCCAAAUGGUCCAGGACAAAGACACGGCAAUAACAUUCGAUGAAGCGGAAGCCCUCAAAUCCACCGCAAAGUCCAGACCCCCCACCGAAUCCACACUCGCAGAACAAGAAACCACCCAAGCCCUGAAUUUACUCCGCACCCUCGGAUUACGCUACUUUACCGAGAACGAAGUCGCUCGUCUGAUGGGCUUCCCAAUCGUCGAGGGCAAGUUCUCGUUCCCAAAGACGACUACAUUGAAGCAGCGGUAUAGGGUGUUGGGAAAUAGUAUUAAUGUCAAGGUUGUGGGUGAGUUGAUCAAGUACCUCUUGACCUCCAAGCCUGGCAGUGAUGAGAAGGGGGAGGAGCAAAAGGUGGAAGAGAAGACUGAGGAAAAGCAGGAUGAACAGUAG